CUCAGUCUUUGACUCAACUGCAUAUCCAAACCAUCUACAAUGGCGGAAGCGUUAGGAACAACGACGACGACGACGGCGAAGUACAUUUCGUUGGAAGAACUGAAGGAACACAACAAGCGAGGAGAUAUAUGGAUCUCCAUUCACGGCAAGAUCUACGACGUGUCGAACUGGUUGAACAAACACCCAGGUGGAGAGCUUCCACUGUUGAGCCUCGCAGGCCAAGACGUCACAGAUGCUUACGUGGCGUUUCAUCCGAAAGCCGCGUGGAAACACCUGGACGCGUUCUUCACUGGGUGCUACCUCAAGGACUACGCUGUCUCUGAGGUUUCAAGGGAUUAUCGGAAGUUGUUGUCGGAGUUGUCGAGAAUGGGGUUGUUUGAAGAGAAGGGACAUGGCGUUUUGUUCUCUCUUUUGUUCAUUUUGGUUCUGUUUUGUGUUUGUGUUUAUGGGGUUUUGUGUAGUGGGAGCGCGUGGGUGCACCUGGGGUGUGGUGGGUUGAUGGGGUUCUUGUGGAUUCAGAGUGGGUGGAUUGGUCAUGAUUCUGGGCAUUAUCAGAUUAUGAUGAACCGGGGUUCGAACCGGUUCGUUCAGAUCCUCUCUGGGAAUUGUCUUGCUGGGAUCAGCAUUGGGUGGUGGAAGUGGAACCAUAAUGCACACCACAUAGCUUGUAAUAGUCUUGAUUUUGACCCUGAUCUUCAGCAUUUGCCUUUCUUUGUGGUCUCUUCCAGGUUAUUCGGUUCCAUUACUUCUUGCUUCUAUGAUAGGAAGAUGAAUUUUGAUUCUUUUGCUAGGUUCUUGGUUAGUUACCAGCAUUGGACAUUUUAUCCUGUGAUGUGCUUUGCUAGGAUCAAUUUGUUUGCUCAGUCAUUCAUGUUGCUUUUGUCAAAGAGGAAGGUGCCUAAUAGAGGGGUUGAGCUUUUGGGGCUGCUUGUGUUCUGGAUUUGGUACCCUUUGUUGGUUUCUUGCUUGCCUAAUUGGGGUGAGAGGAUUUUGUUUGUUGUUUCUAGUUUUUCUGUCACUGGAAUACAACAUGUUCAGUUCUGUUUGAAUCAUUUCUCUUCCAAUGUGUAUGUUGGUCCACCAACUGCCAGUGCUUGGUUUGAGAAGCAGACUAAAGGGACUCUUGGCAUAAAAUGCUCUGCUUGGAUGGAUUGGUUUCAUGGUGGCUUGCAAUUUCAGGUGGAACACCAUCUUUUUCCCCGGCUGCCGCGGUGCAAUCUGAGGAAGAUCGCGCCUUUGGUUAGGGAUCUCUGCAAAAAACACGAUCUUCCUUACAAUUGUGUCUCCUUCUGGAAAGCCAAUGUACUAACAAUUCAGACACUCCGGAACGCGGCCUUGAAGGCUCAGGAUCUUUCUAAUCCCGUUCCCAAAAAUUUAGUUUGGGAAGCUGUUAAUACUCAUGGAUGAGGAUGAUUGGAACUUUAGUGAAGCUUCCUGAGAUUUUGCUGUCAUUGACAGUUUGAUGAAGGUUUGAUAUCUGAGGGUGGUAAUCCUUGUUUUUGAAGAAAGAAUAAUUGAUUUGCGAAUUGCUUAGUGGCUUCAAUUACUCAUUAUCUUAGCUGCGUGGUGGUGGGAUCAGCUAAAUCUCCUUUUGGAAAUAAAUAUGAAAGAAACUACUGAUACUGGUCAUAUGUGGUUUAAUUUAGUUCUCUAUCUUGUUUUGCUCAGCACUUCUUGCUUGAGAGUGGGAUGUAAGUACCUUUUUUAUUCUUUGACUGCUUUAGUAGUUUGAUUUCAUUAUGCGGCUGUGGGUCUCUCUACUACAUCAUAACCACUAGAGUUAUGCCUGGGAAUUCAUUGUCAUAUGGACCAAGAAAUGUACUUUAUGUUAAAUUCUAAGUCUCUGAAUUGCUAUUUGCUGUUUCAAUUGCUCUUAUCAGAUUGGUUUAACUCAUAGUAACUGGU